GGUGGGACCUCAGAUAGGCUAAGUACACGCUGAGCGGCGCCAUGCCGUUCUCUACGCCAACCGCAAAUCAGCAAGAAUUCAACCGAAACGCGUCUGUAAUGUAUGGUCCCGGGUUCUCACUUAUACAGUAUAUCUUUCACACAACAUGUGAAGAGGGACUCUCUGUGAUAAAAUGGCGGCGUUUCGACUGUAACUUUUCCGUUUGGCUCGGUGUGGCGUGGCAGAAGCUGUGGGCUCGUUUCCAAAGUUGACGGUUAACAGGGCGCGUGUAGGAUCGGAUUUAAAGGCGCAGUGCACUCACCGUGACUGCAAACAUGGAGGAACAGAAGCAACAGCAACAGAGUGACUUGGAGCGAGACCGACAAUACUGUGAACUUUGUGGGAAAAUGGAGAAUCUCCUCAAGUGUGGCAGGUGCCGGAGCUCCUUCUACUGCAGCAAGGAGCACCAGAAACAACACUGGAGGGAGCACAAGCUCAUUUGUAAGGAGGCGGACAAGGCUCAGCCUCCCAGUGAGAGACCCGUGCAGGCUCCACCGCCAAAGGAGGAGGACGACAAGGCAACGGAGGGAGCCGGUGCAUCGGACUGUGUAUGUUCUCCGGAAACCAGGAGAACAGACGUGCCGGGAGCCUUCGACGGAGUGGUAGAUGCCGGCUCUAACAACUCCGCCACACCUAAUGGACAGAGCAGCGCAUCCCCUCAGAAACUUGCCACGGAGUACAUAGUCCCGUGCAUGAACAAGCAUGGCAUCUGUGUGGUGGACAACUUUUUAGGAGCAGAAAUUGGAAUUGGCAUUUUGGAAAAUGUUAAGGCUUUGCACAAAACGGGCAGGUUCACAGACGGACAGCUGGUCAGUCAAAAAAGCGACUCCACCAAAGACAUCCGUGGGGACAAAAUCACGUGGAUCGAGGGCCGGGAAGCCGGCUGUGAGAAGAUCCGCUUCCUCAUGGGUCGCAUGGACGACCUAAUCAGACACUGCAACGGUAAACUGGGAAACUACACGAUAAAUGGAAGGACGAAAGCAAUGGUGGCUUGUUAUCCUGGAAAUGGGACAGGAUACGUGCGCCAUGUGGACAACCCUAAUGGCGACGGACGCUGUGUCACAUGCAUAUAUUACCUUAAUAAAGACUGGAAUGCUAAGGAACAUGGUGGCCUUCUCCGAAUAUUCCCAGAAGGAAAGGCCCAGUUUGCUGACAUAGAGCCCAAAUUUGAUCGUUUGCUGCUGUUCUGGUCAGACAGACGUAAUCCUCACGAGGUUCAGCCCGCCUUCUUCACCAGGUAUGCCAUCACAGUGUGGUAUUUUGAUGCGGACGAGCGAGCCCGAGCGAAAGAAAAGUACUUAACAGGUGCAGGUGAAAAGGGUGUUAAGGUUGAGCUCAACAAACCGUCAGAUCCCAGCUAGUGGGAACACCGUUCUCCCCACCAACAGCCAAUAAGUGCUCUGUCCUAAGGAAGUGGCCUGUGUGUGUGUGUGUGUGUGUGUGCGUGCGCGCGCGUGUGUGUUUUACAAAAUGGCUGACUUUUGCUUGAAUGGAUGGAAGGUCUUUACUCGUGGAGACGAAACGGACACACGGCGAUAUCGGUUCCUUUUCAGUAAUGUCGGUUGACCCCAAAUGUCACGCCAUCGUACUGAAAGGGAUCUUUUGGCCUUGCACUUCUUUGCUGGAGAAAGCUUUGCUUUUAUAGCUGACAUUUUCAGAGCAUCACUUCAAGCCAGAAUUAAGCUCAGAGAAACUCUUCGUCUUUUGCAGUCAAUUCCGUAAAGGUACAGUGUUCUGCAUAUGUUUAACAUGUUAUGCUCAUCACAUGGAAUCAGCUGCUCUAAGAUACUGUAUGGCAAAAUAGGCUGGAGUCGGCAUUUAUAUGCGGAAUCAUCCGAAUAAAAAAACACCCCCUUUA